GUGGCUCUGACCCUGAGCGGGACGUGCCUUAGACACAGGUCAGCUGGCCGGACCCUGCGUCCCGCCGCUGUGCUGGCUGUGCUGACCUCUGGUCAGGCCGAGGCUGAGCACACCCAGACGUGUCGUCACAGGCGGCAGGGGCCUGGGAGACCCUCGUGGACACUCUCGAGGGCGCCCAACCGGCUCCGCCCACCCCGAGCUGGCAUCACUCCCGGGACAGGCACCACCCUGUUGGCCAGAGCUGCACCCUGUCCUUACCCCAGCUGGAGGGACCCUGAGGCUGUGCCCCAAGGGCCAAUCAGCUGCCCCCGCCUGGACGCAGAUGCAGAGCCCCACCAGGCAGGGGCGUCUCAGGCCCACCCUGCCCGGGGCCUCUGUCCGGGCUGAGGGGAGGAAGGAAAGUGCACAUAUGAGUGGUCAGGGGCUUCUGGCGCCCUGCGGCCCCUCGCAGCUCUGCCAGGGCCGAGGGAGCACCUGGAGGGACCCAGGAGGGACACUGGCUCUGGGAGACUGUCCCCAUGGCUGCCGGAGGAACCCAGAGCCCAGGGUGCCGGGAGUCUGGGCAGACACGGAGCGCCCCCAGGCCCACCGCAAGUGUGGACUCUCCAGGACGGGAUGGGGGGGCUGGGACCCCCGCACCCCCCCACCGCCUCAGCCCACACAUCACCUUACCCCAUUCUUUUCCCCCUUCCCCGCCCCCCCAUGGAGCACCAUGACCCUCCUCGACACCCCUCCCCCCUGCUCUUCCUAGUCCCACCCCUGCACCCGCCCACGCCCCGCCCCCUCUCCCUGCCCCUUUCUGCCUGUCAUCCUGCUGGGACACAGGGCUCCCCCUCGCCUUUACUGACUCCCCCAUCGCCCUGCCUCUGGCAGCUGUGAGACCCCCAGUCCCCGCUGUCCUCCCGCUCUGGUCCCCCAGAAAGAACAUUUCUGCCCUUCCCAGACCCAGUGGACACGCUCAGGGUCUCCAGAGCUGCGGUGAGUCUGUCCCUCGCUGCAGGUCACUUGCUGGCACCUACCGCCUCCCCAACCCCCGUGGACUUUGGUCUUGUGACCAGCGGACAGGAUGGCCGGCUGCCUCCUGCUGCUCCUCAUCCUCGUCCUGGCCCUGGGGCCAUGCAGGGCACUGCCCUCAGUCUUUCUUCCAGCACCCACGGCACACGGGGUCCUGGGUCGGUGGCGGCGGGCCAGCUCCUACCUGCUGGAGGAGGUCUUCGAGGGCAACCUGGAGAAAGAGUGCUAUGAGGAGCUCUGCGUGUAUGAGGAGGCCAGGGAGGUGUUCGAGCAUGACGAGGACACGGCUCGGUUCUGGAAGCAGUACCUGGGUGGCUCCCCCUGUGUGUCCCAGCCCUGCCUCCAUGGUGGCUCGUGCCAAGACCACAUCCGAGGGUACACUUGCACCUGUGCCGCAGGCUUCGAGGGCACCCACUGCGCAUUCGCAAAGAACCUGUGCUACCCCCAGAGGCCUGACGGCUGCGCACACUUCUGCCAGCCCGGCCCCAGCUCCUUCUCCUGCAGCUGCGCCCACGGCCACCGGCUGGCCCAGGACCGCCGGGCCUGUGAGCCACACGACAAGUGUGCCUGCGGGGUCCUGAGUCCCCAAGGAUGUAGGACGGCCCCCACUGGCGGGCAGAGCACCAUGGCCUUCCCGUGGCAGGUGAGGCUCAGAAACACGGCGGGAACAGCUUUCUGUGCUGGCGUGGUGGUGGACAAGAGCUUUGUGCUAACCACGGCGAGCUGUGCACUCCUGCACACCAACAUCAGCGUGGAGACACGACUGCAGGGAGCGCGAGGGGAGGUGGUGGUGAGACGCAGGCAUGUGCACCCGCGGUACGACCAGGACUCCGGGGAGAACGACCUCUCUCUGCUGGAGCUGGCACAGCCCCUCCGAUGCCCGGAGAUGGGGCGCCCCAUUUGCACCCCCGAGGGGGACUUUGCAGAGCAUGUGCUGGUCCCAGGAACAGAUGGUCUCCUCAGCGGCUGGACCCACGAUGGCUCGGAGCUUGGCGAGCUGCCCACACUGCUGCCGGUCACGCUCCUGGACAGCGGCGAGUGCGCCAGCACCCUCAACGUGACAGUCACCACCAGGACCUACUGCGAGAGGGCGGGCGUGGGCCUGUGCUGGGGGGCGGGCAGCGCAGUGGUCCGGCAGCACCUGGGCACCUGGUUCCUGUCGGGGCUCCUGAGCUGGGCAUCCCCGGACCAGCCUGCGGUGCUUCUCACCAAGGUGUCCAGAUACGCGCUGUGGUUCAGGCAGGUCAUGGGGUGAUGUGCCUGUGCCAGCCUGAUAAUAAAGCCACCGGCCGAGUCCUGA